AUGUGUUGCUCCUCCGGCAGAGCUGUGGAGGCCGCAGAGGGAAGAGUCCAGCAGUGCCCCCUGCUGGAGGAUUUCAUUAAUAGCCUGGUGUCAGGAGCUCUGAUGGAUCUGGCUGAAAACUCUGAGAAACCUGAGUCUCAGCGUCUCCGACUAAAUGAAGCCGACGGGCACCUGCACGCCAUCGAUUGCUCCUCCAAAUAG